AUGUCCGGGGACGAGGACAAGGAAGACGAGGAAGAAGCCCUGGCAGAAAAUCUAUCGCCACCUCCGAGGCCUGUGGCAUGUCUGCGCGCCCCAUGCCUCAAAAAGACGGCGACUUUGGCAGGAGGUUGUCUCACCUCCGGACGAGAGUCGCCCAUGCCAUCCUCUUCAGCCAGCAGUCUCUCAAGCAGCCCCGAGUCACAGCAGCAAGAGUCGACUACGAUCUCCUUUAGUUCCUUUGCCGCGCCGCGGUCCCUCCCGGCUGCAAUGCCUAAGCGGCAGGUGCAUUUCGACGCCGCACCACCCGAGGCAGGUCUCACACAUUCAGGCGACCGGUACGACCGUCGACCGAUCGAGUGCACUCAGGGCGGCUCGGCUUUUGAUCUCAGCCUCCCGCCCCGGGGUGCGCUGGCACAGUAUGCUGAGAGCGAGGCCAGCGACGACGCGGGCGAGGAUGGCGACGAGGACGAGGAGGGAGAAUUGAGCAAAGGCUUGGCAGGUCGGCUGGCUCGGUGGUCCAAGCUCAAGAACGGUCAGGUGAUUGCAUCGAGCAAGAGCAGCGUCGCCGCCGCUUCUUCUGCUGCGACCGGCGCCACAACGACGUCAGCAACGAGCGAAAACGCCUGCUCGGUUCCUGUCCACGGCAUCCGCUCCUUUGGCGGGCUAGCGGGUCAGAGCGGCGUGGCUGAGGAAGAGGCAGUAUGGUCCAGCAAAAAGAGCGUUCUGCGGGACGAGGGUGACGACGACCUUGACGACGACGAGUACGAAGCGAGAGACGAGGCAUUCAGAAGGGCAGUCAGCGCCGCUCUGUCCAAGUCUCCCAACGCGACACCGAUGCCGAGCCCGAGGGUGCGACCUCGUUGGGAGUGCGUGACCUCGUACUUUGAAGAUGCUCAGUCAAACAGCGCAGAUUCGCAAUGCCCGGCAGCAGAAAACUCGUCGUCGGCACCUGUUUCUCCUCAAUCGGAGAAGGCCGAGGCAUCGUCGCCCUUCUCAGAGGACGGGAGCAAGUCGUCGCCACCAACAUCACCCUCUCUAGUCUCCGAGGUGCGGGAAGAGGAGGACAGCCACCAGGACGAAAGUGCAGAGAAGGGAGAGAAUGAGCAGACGGCAGUGACCGAUGUGAAUGGCGAAGGCAUGCCCACACCCAAGCCUCAGUCGAAGGCUGUUCUCGACGGAAAAGUCCAGGACAACCCGUCGCCACCGAGGGAGUCGGCACAGCUUCCUGUCUCACCCAACCCUUCGUCGCUAGACGGCAGGACGAGCCUGGGCGGCGGCAGCAGCAGCCGCAGCAGCAGUGCAAGCAACCAUCCUUACUCGUCGCCCAUGUCAAGCCGAUGCUCCAGCACAGACGCUUGGAGCAGCAGCCAAGGCAACUGUUCCACCGACGACGUAUUUGUAUCUGCCUUCUCGGAAGCGGUCAUGAACCGACCGAGCUUGAGCACCGACAAUCUGAGGCUAGCCUCGUUAUCGUCCAACGCUGCUGCCCCAUCAAAGGUGCACCUCUCGGCACCGUCGGGCCGCGACCUCGAUGGCGAUCUAGAUGCAGAGCACGAGCGUGGAGCAACGUCAUCCGGCAGCGGUAGCGGUGGGCCCGGUUGGAUGAGCAGCUGUUGCACCUCUCCCGAGCUGAACCCAGUCGAUGUGGACGACGUCAGCGGGCGCGAAGGAAUGGCUUCAAGUUUGACGGCUAAAGCACAAUUGCUGCAGGCGUCUCCUGAGAGGCAAGGUUUGACAUUUAACGGUAUCGCGUCGCUCAUACAGCCCUUGCGUCUCCAGGACCGCGAAGCGCUGAGCGAUUCGAGCAGCGGCGAAGUCGAGCAGAAGCGGCGCUCGUGCCUACUCAGCCGCCCUCGCUUCGGCAUCAAAGCAGCGUCGUGCCCCAACUCUGGUCAUUGCUCGCCUCGCGUCCAGUCGAGCGACGAGCACGACAGCGAGCACCAACCCGGCGAAGACGACGAGGCUGCAGCGGCCGCCUCUUUUUUCUUCAGAAGCAGUAGCGGAGCUUCCAAGCUGGCGCGCAACGGGAGCAGGACGAAGAAGACGAGACGGUGCGCCUCUUCGUCCUCUUCAAAUGGCUGCGAGUCCGAGGAUCAGGCCGGCGAGGCCAAUACCACUCGCCGCUCACCAAGGCCGACUGGGGCGCCAAGGAGCAAGAGCAUGUCUUGCGCAUCCAUGUCUGCCUCUGGAAGCCCCCGGGUCAGGCGCACUAGCCAGCUCUCCAGUGUGGCCAUGGCAAAGACGGACAGCAGUCACUUUGCGUCCGAUGAGAUUGAAGAUGAAGGAGCGCUGGGCGGCUUCUGA